AUGACGGACGAAAAAGUUUUGGUUUCUGGGUGCAAUGGCUACAUCGCGCUUCAUGUUUUGGACAUUUUGUUGUCGGAAGGCUACCAUGUAAUUGGAACAGUGCGCUCUGAAGGUAAAGGGACCAAAGUCAAGGACUCGUUUGCCAAGUUAUAUCCAUACGCUAAGCUGGACAUCGAGGUGGUAACGGAUAUCAGCAAACCAGGAGCAUUCGACGCAGUGUUCAAAAAAUACCCAGACUUGCAGCAUGUAUUGCACAUGGCUGCGAACUUUUCAUUCGGGUCUGACCAGAGUAACGAAGAAACGUAUUUGAAGCCCUCUACCGAGGGAACCAAGAGCAUUUUGGAAACGGUGGUGCAAUCGGGCUCCAACGUGAAAACUUUUGUGCAGACCUCUUCGUUUGCGUCGAUCAUGAACAAUGACAACCAAACCUCUUUGCACACAGAAGCCACUUGGAAUCCUAUCACUUGGGACCAGGCCAAAGACAACUCUUUGGACGCAUACUGCGCAUCCAAGAAAUUGGCUGAAAAAUUGGCGUGGGACUUCUUGAAGGAAAACGCAGCGCAGGUCAAAUUCAGAUACACCGCUGUGUGUCCUCCAUACGUUUUGGGCCCACAAAUGUUCGACUGGGGUUUGGACGGCGAGACUCUCAACACCUCUGCUGAGAUUGUCAACAAUGCCGUCAAAUCGACCCCAUCUUCCGAGGGUCCUUUCGACACCCCAAGCGGUAUCGCUACCGAUGUCCGUGACGUGGCUCUAUUGCAUAUGCUCCCAUUGCGUAACGAAAAGCUUGGUGGUCAAAGACUAUUCCCCGUCUGCGGUGCAAGUCUGACAAAGCCAGACUACGAAAACGCUAGAUUCAACCCUCAGCGUAUCUUGGACGUUGUCAACGCCAACUUCCCACAACUGAAGGGUAAGAUUGCUUCUGGUGAUGUUAAGGACAACAAGAAAGUUUUGGAAAAGACUUUCCACUACAACACUGAUCUCACCUGCAAGCUAACUGGUGUGGAGUUUAAGACUUUAGAAACCAGCAUCAUCGACUCCGUCAAGCAAAUUUUGGAGCACCGUGAGAAGAAAUAA